UCUAUCGCCGCUGGAAGCCAUGGGGGAGUGGCAGUCGAUGCGAUCCCGAAAUUCGAAUCUUACGCCACUCAGCGGCAGUGGACGCUGGAGCAUCUCGCGGGUGCUUGCCGUGUGUUUGGUCGCGAAGGCUACGCGAAAGGCAUUGCAGGCCACAUCAGUGUACGAGAUCCGGAGUUUCACGACCGCUUUUGGAUCAAUCCUCUUGCUGUACAUUUCUCGAUGAUGACUAUCAGCGACUUGAUCUGUCUGGACAUGCAGGGCAAUGUUGUAGGUGGCAAUCGGGUGAGUACUGCCAACGCAGCUGGUGUAGCGAUCCACACAGCUUGCCACUUGGCUCGAUCCGAUGCUCAUGCCGUCUGCCACGCGCACUCCCUGUACGGCAAGGCUUGGGCGGCUUUCGGGCGAAACCUUGAUAUGAUCAGCCAAGAUGUCUGCUACUUCUACAAAGCACAUUCGGUCUACGACAAUAACGGGGGCAUUGCCUUCGCAGCAGACGAAGGUAGCAACAUCGCUCAGGCACUGGGCAAGAACAAAGCUGCAAUUCUGGUCAACCACGGCUUGAUUACAGUAGGCCAAACAGUAGACGAAGCGGCAUACCUGUAUACUCUUUUGGAGAAGAGCUGUCGGAUUCAACUCAUGGUUGAAGCGACUGGGCUCCCCAAAAGCAUAGCCGGACGAAGAGGCGGCGAGUACAUUUCGCAUGGCGGGUGA